GGAAGAGCUCCAAGCUGUGAAUCGGUGCUCAUCCGAGGGCUGAGACAGCAGGACUGACCGAGACAUACUCAGCCCGACCUGCCAACCAUCUCACUCUGUUGUGACAUCUGCCCUUAGUCAUACCUAGCGCCUUCGACAUCAUCUGCCCUGUGUGUUAUUUGACGACCGACGGCCCUUCGAAGGAUUGACUGACUGACGCUGACUGCAAUGGCGUCCCUCUCCACUCUCAAGACCGUCCCCCUCCCAUGCUUCGGCGAAAUGAGCGACGUGACCUCCACCCGCAGCACGGCAUCCAGCGAGGCCGACCUCUCGCCCACUCUAUACCAGCUCUCGGCAGCCAAGACUCUCACCACGGGCCCCUUCCCCGCCGUUGUGUCCUUCAAAGGCCACAGUGUGGUGAACCUGGGCAAGAAGGGCACCGUCAAGGGCAUGACGGCGGCCUGUUCGACCAGGCUGAUGCUGGUGGAGGGCGGCCACGGCAUGGGGGAGGGCAGUGGGACGUUCACCCUGUGCUUCGAGCAGAGCCUCGCCAGUGGCGGGGUGGUCACCGGCAGCAAGAAGCUGGUCAGUGGGGUGUAUCGCGUGGACGAGUGGGGUGAGGGCAGCCAUGACGACACCCACACGGUGGUGCGGAUCGCUCUACACUGCACCGAGGUGGGGGACGAUCGAUCGACGAAAAACUCAGCUGCACACAAUGAAAGACAGGCAUUUAAGUCGGGGGCCGAUAUCAACCAAGCAAUGUGCGUGUGUGUGGUGUGUGUCUACAGAUGAGUGGCAUGUUGAUGACGGCGCACACGACAGCGUUCGAGCCUGCAGAUGCCUUCAAAUCCAAGGCAAGUUUUUCCCUGCAUGUGGCAUCGAACAACCAGGCCGCCCUGUCCAUCGACAACAUCAAAGACCAACUGAUGUUCAUGCCAUACCCAAAGGUCUGUCACCGUGAGCACCCGUCCAUCGUCCCAUUGUGAAUGUGUGUGUGUGUGUGUGUGUCAGGAGCUGACGAUGCAGUCCAAGCCGGGCAGUUGCCUGUCUGUGCUGUAGUUGGCUGCUAAGAUACACACAGGGGGGGGACGCCACUGGGUAAGACCGCCUUUGCGUGACCACUGAUUGUGUGUUGAUGUCGAGUCCCUUGCCAUGUUCGCCGUUGUUGUUUGGGGCUGUAAAUUGUGUCCGGCCACUUGGUUGCGGAGCCUUGGGCAUGUAGCGCCAAGAGGCCCGACACAAUGGCAGCUCCAUACAGCAGCAAGCAGACAGGCUUGGGCACAUCUGGUGUUUUCUUAAGCUGCCUGCAAGGAAUGCUCUGACUGACGCAGUGGGGGAGGGAACCAGAGUGAUGGUGGGGGUGAAAUGGCGGGACUGUCUGUGUGUCUGUCGUGUCUACGCGGGGUUUGGUUCAGAGUUUGUUGCGCAUGGAAGGCGAUCGUCGUCCAUGCAUGUCGAGUGGGGAAUGCUCUAUUUUUGGUCAUCCUCCCUCUUCCGGCGGAUGACUAAGAGAGAGGGGCCAGGAGGAUGCGUUGUGUGCGUCGUGGACGGUGCUCAGCCUGACAUGUGCGCCAGUAUAGGUGCACGAUUGGUUGAUGUGCAACGGUCCAUGGAUGUCCGUGAACCAACAUGAGCCUGACCUAUCUGGCGCUGUCUGUGCCUUCACUCAAAGUCCCAUUAUUGAGCUGAAAA